AGCAACACGACAGCGGAUGUAGCGGCAGUAGUCUACAAUCGGCAACCAUGUAGCGCUGAAAGCACAAAUCUCUCCCCCUUACUAGCUUAACUACAACGUCCUCACAGUUAUUCAUGCCGCCAUAAAGUAACAGUGUAUCAAAAUGUGUUUGUGAGGAUAAGUGUACGCCAGGACGGAGAUUACAAGGCGAGGGAGUCGAGUGAGAAACCGAAGCCAGUGGCACUAUCUGCCCUCGCCUGGACGUUUGGAAGGGAACGUAGGGCAACUCUUCUGAUUUAUUAGCCUACCUUGGCGUUUUAUCAGCUCUUUAAAUGACUGCACUUGUGCAGCUAAGGGUUUUUUAGUGUCGGGGGAAGGGCGCGUAACGCUAACGGAUACCGGGGUUUGUAGUUAGCACCAGGUCUGGUUAUCCGCGUUACCGCCCCGUUUUUUCUCUCCUGUACGAACGCUAUCAGCACGGCAGGGAGAAGGCUGAAGAUACAGGGUUAGAUUGGGACUAUAAUCAAAGCCUGCUUACGCCAUGGGGAAUACAACCUCCUGCUGCGUGUCUUCGAGCCCUAAACAUCGGAGGAACAACCACUCCAGGCUCGAGCCCUACCGGCCGGAGCCGGAGCUGAGCCGGGAGGACACGGGCUGCAACCUCCAGCACAUCAGCGACAGAGAAAAUUUAGACGACUUGCCCAUGGAGUACAAUCCCUCAGACCAUCCCCGGGCCAGCACCAUCUUCCUCAGCAAGUCACAGACUGACGUUGCUGUGCCCAACAAGAGAGUUCGAGAAAAGCGGAAGAGCCUUUACAUCAACCAUUUUACACACAUUUCGGAGAGCAAGCAUCAUCCAGGCCCAGUGAGACGGAAGUACAGCUCAUGUUCCACCAUAUUCCUUGAUGACAGCACCGUCAGCCAGCCCAACCUCAAAUACACCAUAAAAUGUGUAGCCCUCGCCAUAUACUACCACAUAAAGAACAGAGAUGUCGAUGGAAGAAUGUUGUUAGACAUUUUUGAUGAGAAACUGCAUCCGCUCUCGAAGUCGGAGGUUCCUCCUGAUUACGACAAACACGACCCCGAGCAGAAACAGAUCUACCGCUUUGUCAGGACGCUGUUCAGCGCUGCACAGCUCACUGCUGAGUGUGCCAUCGUCACACUGGUGUAUUUGGAGAGACUCCUGACUUACGCCGAGAUCGACAUUUGCCCUGCCAACUGGAAGCGUAUCGUGUUAGGGGCCAUCCUCCUGGCAUCGAAGGUCUGGGACGACCAAGCAGUCUGGAACGUCGACUACUGCCAAAUUCUCAAGGAUAUCACUGUGGAGGACAUGAAUGAGCUGGAGCGUCAAUUUCUAGAGCUGCUGCAGUUCAACAUCAACGUGCCGUCCAGCGUCUACGCCAAGUAUUACUUUGAUCUGCGCUCAUUGGCUGAGGCCAACAACCUCAGCUUCCCCCUGGAACCUCUCAGCAGGGACAAGGCUCAAAAACUAGAGGCCAUCUCGCGGUUGUGUGAUGACAAAUACAAGGACUUGAGGAAACAAGCCAAGAAGCGAUCAGUGAGUGCGGACAACCUGACGGUGGUGCGGUGGUGUCCAGCCAUCAUCUCAUAACACUGGCUGCAUGCAGCACUUGGAUGGACCUGUCAGACAAUACCAUACUGUAUUUCUGCCUAGUAAGCAGGCACCCCAGGUGGGCAGGAGUCCUGUGCAUUAGUGGGUCUGUCUGGAAUACACACACACACACACACAAAAUCUAGCACUUUUACAAGUGUGAUUGCACCCUCUUUGGUCAUUGUACAUAAAAGAAGUCCCACUGGCUGCCUGCACUGAACCAAACGGAGCUGAGCUGAACCAAACUGAAGUGUGUGAGUGAAAGUUGUUGGAAUGAAGACCUUGACUGCAGAAGAAAAGAAGAGGCCAAACACAAACACAGCCGACGAUAUGAGAGACUGUGUGAAGCUGGGGAAGAGAAGAUAAGAGCAAGCCUAACGCGAAAGUGGCGGCGACGUUCUGUAAUUCCUUCUGAGGCUGGACAGACUUGUGCGGUUGCUUGACGGUGGCCGUGUACAUUCCUUUCGUUUUAAUCUUGUGGUUCGGUUUCUUACCUGAAGCACAAGAUGACUGAUGUUUUUGGGUUUUUUUUGUUUUUUUUGACAGCUUACAGGCACAUUUCAAAGUUUUAAAGUGCUGAAUUCCUUGGUUUGUGUCAGUGUUUUUUUGUUCAUAUGUUCCUCUGCAUUCCCAUCCAGCAAAAACUUCCACUUGCCGAUCCAAGCAUACACAUGGAAAAGACAUGCACAUUCCACUGUUCACAUACAAGACAAUACUUUUGGACUGGUUACAUAUCAUUUGUGCUCCCUGACAACAUAUUCCACCAAGCAUUCCUUUACAUUGUAGCCAUUUUAGUGAAGCUCAUGUUCAGACGGCGUUUUGACAGGACUGUGCUUUUCUAGUUAUAGCUUCUCUUCAUCGAGGCCAUCCAGCCACCGUACAGCUAUUCACUUAAAGCAAUAUUCAUGCAGUGCUUUGUUGUUGUGAGUAAAUACGAUGAAGCAUGCAUACUUGGGAGCAGAUUGACUGGAAGGCAGUGGUCCACCACUCUCUGUCAGAUAAGGCAUACUGUAGACCUUAUGUUGUACUCAAUUCACUGCCAUUGUCCUGACCUGUGGUGCCUGUAAUAAGCUAGUUUAACACUUCUCCCCUUUCUACCAGAGGGAUAGAACAAAUAACUGAAGUUUUUGUUUUGUUUUGUUUUUUCUUUUACAUUUUUGUAUGGUUCUUCCAGCUUACACAGAAACAGCACAAAUGGAAUAUCAACAUUUAGAAGCCACUAAAAGCAGAAUUCUUCAGGGUUGUUUUUCUUUCUUUGUUGUUGUUGUUGUCGUUUGGAAAGGACCGAAAUGAAUGACAAAGCAUUAAGUGACAACUGAAACACUGCUUACAAAAAAAUAGAUUGUAUACAUUUUGCUAAAUUGUCUCUGUACAGUGUAAAUACAGCACCAGUGAGGUCAUACUGUAAAAAAAGGAAAAAAACACAGAAUGAUGUUAAAAUAUUUAUAUUGGAUCAGUUUUUACAGAACAUGAGGGGGAUGCUAAAUAUAUUUCAUUCCUUGUUUCUUUGACAAAUCAAGUGAAGACAAAAGUUGAAGUAUUAAGAUUUAAACGGGAGACACCACUUAAGAGUUUCUGUCUGUUUUCUUGUUUCUUGUUGCGUUGUUGUCACACUGCAGAUAAUGCCAAGUUUUUAUGUGUUACAUAUGGUAUGUAGAUAAUACCGGACAAUUCAGGCUUACUUUGUGGUCUGUAAUCAUUUUAAAGAUUUUUUAGGCCUUCUCUGUGGAAGCCUUGCCAGACUCAUUCACAUAUUUUUAACUGGUGAUAAUGAAUUUUUUUCUUUUUUUUUUGAUUUUUUUAUGGAGCCCCUUAACAGGUUAUCAGACAAGUCAGAAAUACGAUAUAACUGAAUACAUCAUUAAAUACUGUUGUUAAUUGUAUAAUAAAAAUAGUGAAAAAGC